AUGUCGGCUUUAAGAGCUGGUUGUCAUGAAAAUGAUACGAUUCUCACGAGGAAGAUAACUGCUUCUUUUAGAGAUGGUGGUUGUCAUCAGAAAAAUGUCUUCCUCAACAGUUGUUUGCCUAAAAUGGUUGUCGUGAGAAAGAUGUCGGCUUUUUGCGAUAGUCGUCUUGUAUUAGCCAUGGAUAUACCACCACCGACACAAAAUCGUUUGGUGAAAACAGCCUUACAUCAAGCGGUCCUGGAUUGUCGUCUGCAUCAAGUUCGAUUGCUGGUCUCCAAACAUAAUGUGAACAUCGACUCAAAGGAUGUCAAUGGAAGAACACCUCUCAUGUUAACGUGUUUUAUAGAAAAUGAAGACUUGGGAUUUAAAAUGGCCAAAAUAUUUCUUGCGGCAGGGUCGUUUAUGAACAUCAAGGACACAUUAGGUAGGACAGCUCUUGGAUAUGCUUGUCUUAAUGGGAAGGAGAAAAUUGUGAAUAAAAUCUUGUCCGAGGACAUUCUAGAUAUCAACGAGCCGGACAAUGACGGGAACACACCUUUACACCAUUCCUGUUACAGUGGCAAUCCCAGAAUAGUGGCGAUGUUGGCUAAUACAUAUUUACGAUUUGGUAUCAACAUCGACAGAAGGAACAAUUUGGGCUACACAGCCUUGUUGAUAGCAUGUAAGAAUGGAUAUUAUGCUUCAGCACAUAUGUUACUGACGAAGUGUAGAGCAUCACCAACGCUCAAGGACAACGAAUUCUAUUUGAAUGCCGGUGAUUGGACUAAGAGAAGCUAUGAAAUCAAAAUGAAAGGUAGCAAUCAUUCGGUGGGCAAUGUUUCUUAUGGUAACAGAAUAGCACAACAGUUUGCUAUCUCGUUUGCUCGUCAAGAGAAGAUGUAUGGGCGAUGCUGGACUCCUUUAUGUCGUCAUGGUACCGACACGGUUUCAAUGUCUCUGGACAGUUCCUUAAGAUUACCCAAUAUCUGUCAACAACAGUAUGAGAAAAAUCUUGACGAGAAUAUCAUCGAUGGCGAAGAUGCUAGAAGACUUCUCCUGAAUGAAAUUCACGAAACUGAAUCAUCUCGUCCAAAAUCAGACAAACAUGCAUCCGUACGGUGGGCAAUGGGGCAACCAUCAACGGCUAAACUUCGCUCCCUAUCAGUUUCUAAACCAAAUACCCGUAUUCCAGAUAUGAUGACGAUAUUCAAGGCCUAUUCUGAACAAUAUCAACCCGAUUGGCGCCAAAUACAAACUGACACCGGAAGUCACAAACCCAGUGAUGUAAAAGCAGACAAUAAUCCAACCAAUCAAACAAUCAUAAAAGAUGAUUGUGUUUUCCCUCCAAUCACUGAACCGGUCACUGCAAGCUAAAUAUAAAAAUAUGCUUAAAGCAGGCUACAAUCAAACCAUUUGUUUUGGGCUUUUCAACAACUAAAUUGCAUGCCAGUGAAGUCUUUUAGCACCAUUUCUCUUUUUCGAAUUUUGAGUAUUGACCCUAUUAUGGAUCUUUUUACAACCAGAGCUACUACGUUUAGACGAAAAAUAUACAGCACUGCCUUAAAGCCGAAAAGGCAGGCCGUCCCGUAGCCAGACUUGAUUGUUCGGAGCGUCAAGUACCUAUAUCCUGUGGGGGCAAUGGUAUAUUGUGUAUCGUUGCAGUAAUGAAAUUGGUCGGUUGUCCAGAAAGGAGGAUAAUAACGUUUUAAUUUGUUCUUUAGUUUGGCACAAUAGUUACACCGAGUCAAGCCAUAUAAUGAAAUAAUCCUGACAUCUACCACCAUAUAAUAAACAAUGUAAUAUUUACAAUGAUUAAACCUAAAUCAUACCAUAAUAUUUGUGAAUGUAUUUAAUUUCCACUUUACUUGCUAUUCAUUCGAAACUACGUAUGGUUCUUACGUGAAGAUAACACCAUGUAAGAACCAUACGUAGUUUCGUAUGGGUUGUUACUAUUUCAUGUUGUUUUGUUGUUUU